AUGGAGAAAUCAGGUGGUAUAGGAGUAGUUUUGUCGGCGAAAGAGGCAUUUGAGAAGCUAGAGAAAGUUGGAGAAGGGACUUAUGGGAAGGUGUACAGAGCAAGAGAGAAAGCUACUGGGAAGAUCGUUGCGCUGAAGAAGACUCGUCUUCAUGAGGACGAUGAAGGGGUUCCUCCUACUACUCUUCGUGAGGUUUCCAUUUUGCGAAUGCUCUCUCGCGAUCCACAUGUUGUUAGGUUAUUGGAUGUGAAACAAGGACAGAAUAAGGAAGGGAAGACUGUGCUCUACUUGGUUUUCGAGUACAUGGAUACUGAUCUCAAGAAAUUCAUCCGGACUUUUCGCCAAACUGGAGAAAACAUCCCAUCCCCAACCAUCAAAAGCCUGAUGUACCAACUUUGCAAGGGCGUUGCUUUCUGCCACGGCCAUGGAAUCUUGCACAGGGACUUGAAACCUCACAAUCUGUUGAUGGACCGGAAAACAACUAUGCUCAAAAUUGCUGAUCUUGGACUUGCCAGAGCAUUUACUGUGCCACUUAAGAAGUACACUCAUGAGAUUCUAACUUUGUGGUACAGAGCUCCUGAAGUCCUUUUGGGGGCUACCCAUUACUCAAUGGCUGUGGAUAUAUGGUCUGUUGCGUGCAUAUUCGUUGAACUUGUCACCAAGCAAGCACUAUUUCCUGGUGAUUCUGAGCUGCAACAACUCCUCCAUAUAUUCAGGCUGUUGGGGACUCCUAAUGAAGAGGUGUGGCCAGGUGUUAGUAAACUAAUGAACUGGCAUGAGUACCCUCAGUGGAGCCCUCAAAGUCUUGCAAAGGCUGUUCCCAAUUUGGAUGAGGCUGGACUGGAUCUACUCUCUCAAAUGCUUAAGUAUGAACCUUCCAAGAGGAUUUCGGCAAAGAAAGCUAUGGAGCACCCUUACUUUGAUGACCUGAACAAAACCAAUCUUUAG